CGGGACGGCCUAGGUUGUGGCGGUUCCCCGGUGAUUGCGCGCUGGGGGCUGAAGCGUCUACGGUUUUCGGUCGAGGCCAUGACGGGGCUUAGCAACACCGUUGACAGCGUGAUCGCACCCCAGCAGAGGGAGCCCUUCGGUCUCAGACGCGGCGCGGCGUAGAGGCAGGUCGCUGUUGGAGAGAGCCCCCUCGAAACCCUUCAGCGGGUGGGGGGAGGGGCGGCAGUCGACGCGCGAACCCCGUGUGCGCUUGCGCCGGCACCUCUGCCGACCCGGUCCACACGCUCGCGCAUGCCCAUAGCGCUCGGAGCCGCGGUGGCCGUCAGUACUGCGCGUGCGCGCCUAAAAGCCCGCUGAGGAGCGGCGCUGGCGGACGUCGGGCGGGCGGGCGGCCCGUGACGUCGUGAGGAGCGCUUUAAAGUGCGGGCCGGGCGUCUGAGGGUCUGACGAGGAGUCGGGUCGUACCUCUGCCGCCACCCUCCGCGGCAUGAGGCGCGGUCGGCGCCCCUGCCUCCGGGGACGUGGAGAAGGUGGAGGAGGAGGAAGUCCCGUUGUCUGUAUCGUUGCAUGACCCGCCGCCGCUGAGGCCCUACCCCUCGAAACCUCCCUCCGGAUUCUCGGGCUACGCAUGGGGGCCCGGCACUGAGGACCCCCUUCCUUCUGGGGGCUCCGGGCCCGUCUCCCAAGAGCCAUGCCCGCCCGCCCUGGAGGACCCUAGAGCAACGUCGCGGGGGCCAUGGCGGCAGCCAGCGGCUACACGGACCUGCGUGAGAAGCUCAAGUCCAUGACGUCCCGGGACAACUACAAAGCCGGUAGUCGGGAGGCCGCGGCAGCCGCCGCCGCCGCCGUGGCCGCCGCAGCCGCAGCCGCUGCCGCCGCCGAGCCCUACCCGGUGUCCGGGACCAAGCGCAAGUACCAGGAUGAUUCGGACCCGGAGCGCAGCGACUACGAGGAGCAGCAGCUGCAGAAGGAGGAGGAGGCGCGCAAGGUGAAGAGCGGCAUCCGCCAGAUGCGCCUCUUCAGCCAGGACGAGUGCGCCAAGAUCGAGGCCCGCAUCGACGAAGUGGUGUCCCGCGCCGAGAAGGGCCUGUACAACGAGCACACGGUGGACCGGGCCCCGCUGCGCAACAAGUACUUCUUCGGUGAGGGUUACACGUACGGCGCCCAGCUGCAGAAGCGCGGACCGGGCCAGGAACGCCUCUACCCGCCCGGCGACGUGGACGAGAUUCCCGAGUGGGUGCACCAGCUGGUGAUCCAGAAACUGGUGGAGCACCGCGUCAUCCCCGAGGGCUUUGUCAACAGCGCCGUCAUCAACGACUACCAGCCCGGCGGCUGCAUCGUAUCUCACGUGGACCCCAUCCACAUCUUCGAGCGCCCCAUCGUAUCUGUGUCCUUCUUUAGCGACUCCGCGCUGUGCUUCGGAUGCAAGUUCCAGUUCAAGCCAAUCCGGGUAUCCGAACCCGUGCUUUCCCUGCCGGUGCGCAGGGGGAGCGUGACUGUGCUCAGUGGAUAUGCUGCUGAUGAAAUCACUCACUGCAUUCGGCCUCAGGACAUCAAGGAACGCCGAGCAGUCAUCAUCCUCAGGAAGACAAGAUUAGAUGCUCCCCGAUUGGAAACAAAGUCCCUGAGCAGCUCUGUAUUGCCACCCAGCUAUGCUUCAGAUCGGCUGUCAGGAAACAACAGGGACCCUGCUCUGAAACCCAAGCGAUCCCACCGCAAGGCAGACCCUGAUGCUGCACACAGGCCUCGAAUCCUGGAGAUGGACAAGGAAGAGAACCGCCGCUCAGUGCUGCUGCCCACACACCGGCGGAGGGGUAGCUUCAGCUCUGAGAAUUACUGGCGCAAGUCUUAUGAGUCCUCAGAGGACUGUUCCCAGGUGGCAGGAAGUCCUGCCCGCAAGGUGAAGAUGCGGAGGCACUGAGGCCUGCCCCACCCUCCUGGAACUCUGGUUAAUCCUCAUGUAGCUGCCCCUUUUUCUGUUUUGUUUUGAGGGUUUUUUUUUUUUUUUUUUUGGUGGGUUUUUUUUCCCCCCUAUAUAUUUUUUUCUUUGGUUUGUUGCCCAUUAAGGCUGAAGAACAGAAUUGGCCAAGAUCUGGGUUCUUCUGUUUUGGCUUUCCUCCUGGAUAGAAAGGCUGUUGGUGUCUGUAAGGGACAGAGCUCAUGCUGGAAUAGACAGUAGAGGUAUGAGGGAUAGCUGUGUUGGACUGGCUUUAUUUAAAAGGAACAAAAUGUUUUGGUUAAGGAAUUUUUGUUUUUGCUUUAAAUGUAAACUUUGUUCUAAACAAGUUCAGCCUCCUGCCCGCCCUUCCUCCACUAAUGUUCAUGCUUGGUCCAGUUUUAUUGGAGCCCUGUAGGCUCUGUUGUGGGGCCUACUAACCCUCACCUCUCACCUGCUCUCCAGGCUCUGGAAGCUCAUGCAAACACCCUUGUCCUCCUGUUCUUUGGGUUGGCUGGGUGGGGGUACUUAGUGCCAGUCCUUGACACCCCAAAGCAAUUGCUGAGCGUCCUGGGCUUCCUCCAUGCCCUCUGGCCUGCUCUGCCCACCAUUCCUCCUUGCCAAGAGCAUGCCUCUUUGCUGGAUUGCCUUUUAGGCAUAUGCAUUUGAUUGUAUGGAACAGGUAGACUUGCCAUGUUGGAUCAGUUUUAGGAAUUGUUUCUAGCUAGGACUGGUGUCCUUCCAAGUCUAGCAUUUGGAAUAUGGGAAAUUGUUGUGGUGUGUGGUAGGAUUUUUUUUCUUUUGUUUUGGGGGGUUUUGUCUCCUCCUCCCUCUUAGCUUUCUCUUCCUUUUUUUUUCUUCUUCAUUGGCCAGUUUGGGCCUCCUCCUCAUGUCAUCCUUCUAGGAGGGUGCCUGCCCCUAUUUCCUCCUGCAGCUUGCAUCCAAGGCCAGAACUCAGGCCUGCAGACUGGGUUGGUGCCUUCUCUGCCUCAGGGGUAUAGGAACUGGGGAAGGGGCUUCUAAAAAAUAAGUCUUCAGCAGUUUUUACCCACUCAGAUCCUGGAAGGCUGCAAGAUUUUGCUGAUCUAAAAUUCAUUAGGAAUGACUUCUUGCCAGUCAGGCCAGGACCUGAGCUUGCCAAAAGCAAAAGCCCUCCUGGCAACCGGGCCACCACCACUCCAGGAGGUUUUGUGUACAGAGACCUAGACCUGAAGCCUCAGAAGCUGCAGAAAUCUGGGGCAGCACCAUCAAGAAGCCUCUCUCAGGGGCCAGAACUCCUUUGCCAGCGUGGAUUCCUCAAGUUGGGACUGCAUAACUAAAGCAGUUGCAGUUUUAUUUUUUUUACAGCUUUUUUCCCAAAAAAUGAUUUGUAGUUGUGUGUGCAGCACUUUGCCCUGAUAUGUGUGCUCUACAAUAAAAACCAAAUCUAAUAUAUUUUGAAA